AUGACAAAGGUAUUGCUGACAGGCGGGUCAGGCUUCAUUGCCACACAUAUUCUUGAAAUAUUGCUCCAACGCGGCCAUGAGGUCAUAACGACUGUCAGGAGUGAAGAUAAGGCUACUCGAGUACGGGACGCGUAUCCUAAUUCUGCCAUCACCGUGGCUAUCGUGGCAGACAUCGUCAAGCCCAACGCAUUCGAUUCGGUUGUAAAGACACCAGGUCUCCAGGCAGUAAUUCACACGGCCUCGCCCUUUCACUACAAUUACACGGACGCAAAAGCAGAACUCUUGGACCCUGCAUUGCUAGGCACUACAUCGGUUCUCAAAGCCAUUCAUGAGCUAGCUCCUGGAGUCAAGCGCGUUGUAAUUACGAGCUCCUUUGCUGCCAUGUUGUCAGAAGAGACGCUUUCUGAUCCCAAUACCGUGUUCACUGAAGCCAGUUGGAACCCAUACACCUAUGAGGAUGGUUUGAAAGACGACAAGGUUAAGGCAUAUAGGACAUCAAAGACUAUUGCCGAGAAAGCCGCUUGGCAAUUCAUGCAGGAUCACCAGCCUGGGUUUGAGCUGGCGACCAUAUGCCCACCGCUUGUGUUUGGGCCGGUUCUUCAUCAUCUGGAUUCCUUGUCGGCAAUCAAUACCUCGAAUCAAAGAUUUGUUGACAUGGUCCGAGGAGCCUGGAAGGAUCAAAUCCCGGAAACCGGUACUUAUCUUUGGGUCGAUGUGCGUGAUGUCGCCCGCGCGCAUGUUCUGGCUUUUGAGAAAUCGACAGCCAGAGGCCAACGUUACUUCAUCACCGCUGGCAGAUUCAAUAACAGAGACCUCGCAGCCAUUGUACGCGAUAGUUUUCCUGAACUUGAAAGUACGCUCCCAGAUAUUGAGAUAACAGGCGGUGGUUACCCUGAGGCCGGCAUCUAUGGUUAUGACAACGCCAAAGCAUCCAAAGAGCUUGGGAUCGAUUGGAUGUCACUUGAAAAGAGUGCGACUGACACCGUUAGGAGCCUGCUCAAAGGUUAUUGUCCUGCUCGUAUUUGA